AUGAAGCAUCUCAGCCAUCUAUCCUCCGACCAUCCGGCGCAAGACGUCUCACAAGCCCGAAGCGAUGGAAAGCUGCAUCUCUUGCUGGCUGCAUCCGGAUCCGUAGCGACCAUCAAGAUCCCCAACAUCAUCCAGGGUCUCUCACGACAUCCUAACCUGUCCAUCCGACUCGUGCUCACCAGCUCCGCCGCCCAUUUCCUGCAAAGCCAGGCAGCUGAGCAGCCAAGUCUCGAGGACAUUCGCAGCUAUCCAAACGUGGACGCCAUAUACACGGAUGAGUCUGAAUGGGUCCAGCCAUGGACUCGCGGAGCUCCAAUCCUGCAUAUUGAGCUCAGAAAAUGCAAAACAGGGGCUGAUCUAUUAGUUGUUGCACCGCUCAGUGCAAACACCCUCGCCAAGAUGGUCCACGGCAUGACCGACUCUCUCCUAUCAUCCAUCAUCCUCGCCUGGGACUUCGACGGUGCCGUGGACGGCAAGAAGAAGAAGAUCCUCGUCGCCACGGCCAUGAACACAGCCAUGUUCCGCAAUCCCAUCACGCAGCGCAACCUCCAGCUCCUCAACGAAGUCAUGGGCGGCGCAGACGGAUGGGUCGAAGAGCUGCAGCCAAUAUCCAAGGGGCUUGCCUGCGGCGAUGUUGGCCAGGGCGCAAUGGCAACAUGGCAGACAAUUGUGGCCGCGAUUGAGGAGAAGCUGGGAUUGCCAGCAGAGGAGAUCCAAGAUGCAGAAUGA